GCCUCGGCUCCUCCCGCCCCCGCGCGCCCCCGCGCAGACGCGGACGGCGGGGCGCGCGCAGGUGGCGGGCGGCCCCGCUGCGCUCGCCGCCGCCGCGGGCCGGCCUCCGGCGGGGUUAGCGCGUCGCCGCCGGGAGGGAGGAGGCGAGGGCGCGCGUGCGAGCGCGGCUGGCUCGGGGCCGCCGCCUCCCACGUGAAGGGCCGCGACCGCCCGCCCGCCGGAGCAGCCCGGCUGCUGGCGCGGCGGGGGCGAGCGCCGCGGCCGGCAGGAGGAGCCCCGGUGCCCCGCGGCGCCAGGGCUGCCCCGCCGCCUCCGGGCCGUGCCCCUUGCGCGCCCUUCCGCCGCCCGGCCCCGGCGCUGCCUGCCGCCUCGCGGCUGCCCUCGCCGCUGUCGUCGUGCGGUGGGUGGUGGCGGGGGGAGGGCUUGCGGCGGCCCCCCCGCCCCGGGAGCUUCAGCCGUGCCGGGAGUGGAUGCGCCCAGGAGGAGCCGCCGAGCCCGCCCAGCCCCUUCUGCUCGGCCGGCGAUGCGGGGCGCCGCGAUGGCUUGACGCCGGGCCGCGCCGUGCCAUGGAGGGGAUGACACGCUUCGUGGUCGCCUCGGCGGCCGUGGCGCGGUGGCGAGCGGCGCUGCCGGCCCUGCUGCCGCUGCUGCUCGCUGUGCCGGCGCUGCGCGGCUCGCCCGCUGCAGAUGAGAUAUCCUUGGAGCAGCAAAAUUUUUCCUUUUUCUCAGCGGGCUCAAAGGUGCACCAAAGCAUAUCAGGCAGCAGAACACACAUGGCCUUAGCAAAAAGUACUUUGGAGUCCCAAGAAAAUAAUUUUCUUCAAACGGUUUUAUCAUCAGUUACCGCUCCCUUUGAUGUGACUUUAUUUAACCAAGAAGAAAUGGUCAGAAGUUCCGAAGGGGGAAAUGGACCGUUGGUACACGUCUCCAUAACUAGCAAUGAAGCAUUCUUAAGUGACGAUGAAUUUAUUAGCUCAUUUCCAAAGGCACAGUGGACUCCUCCACUGAAGUCUUUUGUGGCUUUAACAGAUCAUCACUCAGUUAAUACAAUAGAGCCACCAAAAGAAACAUUAGAAACUGUGUUGCUAACACCUUCGUUGUCUGUCUUUUCUUCACCAUAUGAUAUGAAAACAGCACAGCAAAAGACCUUAAGUGCUGUCCCUGAAGACAGUAACACUCUUAUGAAAUUACAGCCUUUGGUACCAGGUAGUGAAAUUUUAACUGCAAGCAGAGACUUGCUAUUGUACCCUCCAAAUACAGAUGUUUAUUUCACUUCCAUUCCUUCAGAAGAUGUAGUUGCAGUGUGGGAAAAUGUAAAUAAAAGUUUAGCAUCUCUGCCUUUUGGGGCCACUUCAGAAGGGUCAUCUGUUCUUCUUAGACUGCUGGAUACAGCCAGCCCUAUUACACCACAUGCUACAGCACAAAAUAUAGACCCAUAUAGUGACAUUUACGCCAAUAUGAAUAGCAGGGCAACAGAAGCUGUCAGCCAGAGGACCUCUUCAGGCAUUCCCUGGGCCACAUCUGUUUCCGUAAGCAGUGCUGAGCCUGCUUUGUUCCCGGUUAGUCUUCCAUUUGCAUCUCUCCUGGUUCACUCACCUGCCAUUUUCAGUGACUCUAAUAUGGUUCUUAAUGGCAACUUGUUUACACACAAAUUCUCCAGUGCAGCACCAAAUUUGCCUGCCAGUUCAGAAACACCGAGUCAAUCUGAGCUUUUCAACGAGCUCCUAAGCCCAGUGCCUUUCACUAGUUCAUCCAUGUCUUGUUUGUAUUGUGACUCAAUUUCACUUCUCUCGGAACCAGGCUUUUCUGCAGAGCAUGAUGUGGGCUCAGGUGAUUAUGCUGAAACUUUGUCAGUGAAAGCCUCUGAAGUAAAAGGCAUAACUCCAUUUACAACUCUAAUUGCUGAUGUGUAUGAAUUAGAGGAGCCUACAUCUGAAACUUUUGAUACUUCUUUUCCAUCAAGACCUGUUGUUUCUUUUUCUUCAAGAUACGCAGAAAUCCCUGAGUCAACCAUGUUUUUAUUAAGCACUGUGGAUGCUGCCCUUAACAACGAAAAGCCUACAACAAUUUUUCCUUCCUACAGUCAACUUUCUGGAGGCAUGGCAUUCAACAUCUCUUCUGCUCAAUUUUCCCUCCCUAUUAUGGAAACUAUUUUGUUAACACCGAGCAUUAGUGUAGAUCUUCCUGAUGCUACCAGUGUUCUCUCUGAAUCUACCUUCACCUUGAGUGAGCCAGUACAAUCAUUUGCAAUCAGUCAUACAACUUUGCUGGAGUCACUAGAAUUUAUGCCAUCAGAAUCUUUAUUUUUGCUUGACAAGACAUCGUCAAGGGAAGAAUCACCUGUAAAUAUUACAGAUUUUCCAUCCAGUCCUUUAUCAAUGCCAUUUCUUUUUGAACCUAGCUACUUGUCUUCAUUAUCAUCAGCCAUACUAACUUCUUACUCUCUCAUGCCAAGUGAUUUAUCAACACUGUUACCUCAGACCUUGUUGACUGGGACAUCAGUACUUUCUGAGGACGUUUCCAGUUGGGACUCAGCUACCCCUGUCAGCACAGACACUGAGGCUUCUCAGUUCCCUCUCUGGCAAACGUCAUACUUCUAUUCAGAUGCAUCCUCUAUUCUAGGGGCGCAUGUUCCUGAAAUAAUGCCAUCAUCAAAUUUUCAUUCGGACUCAUCUACAUUUCUGGAAGCAACAUCAGUAUUGUUAAUGGAUUCUGAAGUUUUGUUUACCUCAGCUUUUACAGGAGCUACCUCUGCGUUAGAGUCUUCACUCUUCUCCUUUCAACCAGUGGUUCCUACCCCGGUGCUGUCCAUUGCUGACACUGAGUCUGUUACCAGCAACAUCUUGCUCAACGAAACAAAUCUGAUCUCCUUGUUUACUACCUUUCCGACAACUCCUGUCUUAAAUGUAUCUUCAUCUCUACUGUCAACUGUUCUAGCGUCUGAUGAGGAUACUGGUGCUACAGUUAAUCCCACGUUGCUUUUAACAUCUUACACCAUGGUCAGUGCUGACACUGCACUUCCUACUGCAAAUCCUGACAAUCUCACCUCACAAAGCGACGUGAGCAGUAUUAUUUUCUCUCCUGCAGAAUCUGUAUCUAUGACCACAUCAUUUGUCCCUACACAAUUCCCUACAUCUUUGAACACUCCCACUGGAUAUGAUGUUCUGCCAGGAACUAGUGUAACUGAUGGUACUGAUACGACAACUGCUGUCCCCAUGACCACUGCCAUUAGUGCUGUGGGCAGCCAUGGCACAACGACUAUGGAAAGCAGCCCAAGUACAUUCUCCUCCACAUCCCUGGUGGCCACGACUCCAUCUGAAGCUGUAUUUGUAACCCCUGCCAUGACCACUACCAGGCCACCAUACGUCUGCGACAUCACAGUUCCCGAUGCUUACUUGGUCACCGCUGUGCUGGCCCGAAGAGCAGUUCUACAAAAUGUCAGUGAAUCCAUCAGAGAAGUGCUCAGAGUUCAAUUCAGGCGUUCGGUAGAGCUGGAGGUUUAUAAAAUAUCCCCCAAAUUUGCUUUCUUGGUGACAUCAGGUCCUUUUGUUUACACGGCAGUGGCUGUCGUAAAUGUGCUUAUGAACAGCAGUCUUCUUCGUGGUCAGGCCCCCCUGAUCCUCUCACUGCAUCCUUCUUUCACUGUGCCAGAUAACAGAUUCCAAGUUCAGACAGUGCUUCAGUUUGUGCCUCGGAACGUGGACGUUGGGUUCUGUAACUUUAGCCAGCGCAUUGAGAAGGGACUGACAAUGGCAUUCAUGGAGGUGAGCAAACAUCACCAGGACUUCUACAACUUCACUGUGCAGAUACUGAAUAUAACUCUGAGUAGGGCUGGGGUAGCAUUUCGACAGGGCCCUGUGAGCAUUGUUUUUGCCAUCCGAGAUAGAUACGGUUUUCUAAAUGGGUCUGACAUCAGUGAGCAGCUAAGAAACUUGUCUGUGGUGGAAUUCAGCUUCUAUCUUGGCUUUCCUGUGCAGCAAAUUGCUGAACCCUUUCAUUAUCCUAAGCUUAAUGUGUCUCAGUUGAUGAAAUCUUCCUGGGUGAGAACAGUUCUCUUGGGUGUCGUCGACCAGCGAAUUCAGGAGGAAGUGUUUCAGGCUGAGAUGGAGCGGAAACUGGCUCACCUGUUAAACGAGGCUUUGGCCAGAGGGCGGAUAUGGAGACGAGCCAGUUUUGCAGGCAGCAACAUUGUGCAGAUCGUGAAUGUGUCACGAUUAGGUGGUGCUGAUAACCCUGUGGAGCUGAUCUAUUUUGUGGAGGAUCGAGAUGGAGAGAGACUCAGUGCUCUGAAAUGUUCAGACCUGAUGAACAGAGUUGAUAUCCAGCGAGCUGCAAUCAUCCUUGGAUACCGCAUUGAAGGCACCGUUGCACAGCCUGUGGAAAAGCUGAAGGGGUCCUCUUCAGAGUCACAGAAUAGCAACCUAUGGAUUAUUGUUGGUGUAGCAGUCCCAGUUGCUGUGGUGCUCCUGAUCGUUAUUAUUUUGUACUGGAAACUUUGCCGAACAGACAAACUGGAGUUUCAGCCUGACACAAUGAGCAACGUUCAGCAGCGACAGAAGCUACAGGCCCCCAGUGUGAAAGGCUUUGAUUUUGCUAAGCAGCAUUUGGGCCAGCACAAUAAAGAUGAAGUCCUGAUUAUCCAUGAGCCAGCUCCUUUACCAGGACCUAUUAAGGAUACUACCCCAUCUGAAAAUGGAGAUGUGCCCAGCCCCAAGUCCAAGACUUCCUCAAAGCCUUCAAAGACCGUUCGACACAGAGGGAGAGUUUCGCCAUCAGACGCUGACUCCACAGCAAGUGAACAGUCCAGUGGGAGAGAGACAGGAGAAGAAACUGCGAGACCAUCAACAGUGGCAAAUGAGGGCAAACCACGCAGAGCAGUGAAGAAAGGACCUCCUCAGACCAGCAGUGGAAAUGAGCAACACUCCUCAGCCUCUAUCUUCGAACAUGUGGAUAGGAUGUCACGUUCCUCAGAUGCCAGCAGACGGGUCCCAAGCAAGAUCCAGCUGAUUGCUAUGCAGCCAAUGGCAGCACCUCCAGUUCAGAACUCCAUACUUUCUGAUCGAGUGGCAGAAACCAACAAAAUUAAUAAAGAGAUACAGACAGCCCUGAGGCAUAAAUCUGAGAUUGAGCAUCACCGCAAUAAGAUUCGUCUUCGCGCCAAGCGCAAAGGGCACUAUGAAUUUCCAGUGGUGGAUGAUGUGGUCGUGGUUGACUCCAAAGAACAGCAUAGAAUAUAUCGUAAGGCACAGAUGCAAAUUGACAAGAUCUUGGACCCUGGAGGCAGUGUGCCUACUGUCUUCAUAGAGCCCAGGAAGAGUUCUCGUGCGAAACGUUCUCCCAAGCAGCGCCGGCGACAUCAGAUAAAUGGUAGUCCUAUUGAUGCGGAAAAGGACAGGUUAAUCACAACUGAUAGUGAUGGGACGUACAAAAGGCCUCCGGGAGUCAAUAACUCUGCAUAUAUUUCUGAUCCGGAUUUGCCUCCUGAACCACAGACAUCAUCUUCAGCUGACCUUGGGAAGUUUCCUGCCUUGCCUUCCCACCCGGUCUCCCAGUACAUCCCACCGCAGCCAUCCAUUGAAGAGGCUCGGCAGACUAUGCACUCUCUGCUGGAUGAUGCUUUUGCCCUGGUGGCUCCCAGUAGCCAAGCAGCCAAUUCCACUGCCGUCACACCACCCGGGGUCUCUGCAGGACAGCCGGUAAACAACACUCCUGCUCGAGCAGGGAGGGGAACCACAUGCACCCAGUGGGGAUCAACUUAUGGUCCAGCUCAGGCAGUAAACAACCUGUUUAAUAGGUAUGUGGAAUUUGGAAUGACUCCGCCAACAGCACCAGGCCUCCUACCAAGACAGAACUUUGGGCCAAGUUUUCUUCAACCUGCAGAGUUAAUGCACCCAGACCAGCAACCGCCAGAGGCUCAGUAUACCUCCAGAGGGAUGUACUCGGAAGAAAUGCCAUCAGUGGCGCGACCACGACCAGUCGGAAGCACUGCAGGUUCUCAGAUACAGCACCUCACUCAGGUGGGAAUUGCUAGCAGGAUCGGAGCUCAACAAGUGGAGAUCCCCUCAGGCAGAGCAGGGCAUGGCCAGCCGGGGGGGCCAGGGUGGCCCCAGUACCGUGGAGAGGAUGAAUAUGCUAGGCGAGAUGCAACACAUAUGCAUGGACACCAAGAAUAUUCCUCCUCACCAGUAUUCCAGAUGCCGAGGACUUCAGCCAGGCAGCCUUCGGCACCCCCUGCUCAGCUUCCACACAACAGCCUUCAGGGCCAGGGGCUUUGCUACACCACCAGUUCCACUGAGGACCUCCAACCGGGUCACUCUUCAGCCUCUCUUAUAAAAGCAAUUAGAGAAGAACUUCUACGACUUUCUCAGAAACAGACAACAGUGCAGAACUUCCAUAGUUGAUUUAGCAUUCUCUUGCAAAUCUGCCAGGUAUCUGCUUCCUAUGGAAGUAAAGAAUUAAAGGAAAUCAGCAAUGUUAUUCUCUCAAAAGAAUGAACUCUCACAGCUCUGUUGACAGCACUCUGGAAAAAAGAAACAGGCAGCAAAAUGAGGAUAGUAAGGGGAGACUGGAGACAAACGGGAAGUCAUCAAUGUCAUCGCAAGCAAUGUUGUUCAAUCAGCUAAUAUUACGGUGCUUCUCCUCUCUCUCCACCCUCAUUCAGUCUAACAAAUAAAUAAAACUUUAGGUGAAGGAGUCAAUACUCCAAAAAAAAAAAAAAUCACAGGAAAAAAGUCCAAAUAUAGUAGACUCCUUUUUCUAAGGAAAAAGGCAAAGGUUUGCAUGAACUGAGAUGACAUUUUGCAAGAGGUUACAAGUAUUCUGAUCUCUCCAGUGUUUAUGGAGAACUGUUUUGUGUUGCUGUUCUUCAGGAUGACAAACUGUAUCAAAUCUAGGGUGUGGAAGGUGUGAUCCCACCUAAGAAUUACUUUGGUCGACAAUAACAGUAGGACUACUUAGAAUAAAAGGAUUUUUGAGCUACUUGUAACAAACUGGAACAGUAAUUGUUAUAGGUCUGUGCUUCCGAAUGGAGCUACCCUCUGCACUCUUCCUUGUUUUCCUUCUGGUGCUGAAGCUUCAAGUGUUCCUUCAUCUUCAAUGUUUGCAAAGUGAAACAUUGGCCUUGUAUAACUAAGAAAAUAUCUGUAGACUCAUUCAGGCUGGAAAAACAAAACAAAGCAUCCAAACAGAAAGGGCUUGGUGUUUAUUUGGUUUAAAAUUAUUGAAAUCUAGGUGAGAAAUACUUAGCCACAGUUGAGUUUGGGGAAUUGUGUAUGUAUAUCUUUUAAAAAUAUAUUUACAUACUAUAUGCUCUUGUAAGACCAGUGAUAAAAUAUUGCCACUCUGUAGUUUGCUUUGUGGACAGAAAGCAAGCCAGCCUGACUGGUACAGGGUCACCAGCAUUAAGUUAUAAAUUGAUGUCCUAAAUCAUUGCUUAUGUUUGGAUCUGAAUAAUUUUAGUGAAAGUCAGUGACAGUUUAGAGCAUUAACAUAGGCUUAGAUUUGCAGUUUUGAGACAUUUUCUAUAUUUAUACAUGUUUCCACUGUCCCUCUGGACAAAAGGUAAGCAUUAUCCCCAUGGUAAGAAUGGUACGUGCCAUGGAGCUGUUUGUCACUGUUUUUUUCCAGAGUUUUAAUUUAAUAUUAGCUAUGAAUUUACUAAUAUUUGGCCAUUGCAUAACUGUAACUGACAUAAUACAUAUGAGAAUUUUAAUUAA